UAUCAGAAGUGGAUGCAAGGAGUGACCAACGGUGGUCGGAUGGCAGCAGCAAGGGGGAAAGGCAAGCGACAGACCCGGUACAAAGCCCCGGGCAGGGCCUCAGAGGCCCCCCUCAGCGGCAAGCUGGAGGGGCUGGCACGCCCAGCGGCAACACCAAACACAGACACAAACCGAAGGCGACAACGCACAGACUAA